CGGACUCACGCUCGCUGCCUUUGCACUCUUGAGUCUUGAUGCUUGGGCCCACACCGAGGGAGGGGCACAGACGCUGAAGCGACACACAGUCAUGAUGUCUAUCACAGACUGGUGUUCGUUCGUGUACAAUUUAUGUGGGUUGCGUGAUUGCAAAGCUGGAACAGCAAUUACUGCCCUCCAUCGCGCUCGGAUGCUGUGAACUGCGAGCUUGGAUUGGAUUCUAGGUAGGAGCUGUGAAUAAGUUUUGAUCUGUCACCUCAGAUUUGAAGAGAAUCAUCAAAUCGCAGCACGUGGCGAGAGUUGAAGCAAAUCAAGAUGGGGCAUCCAUCUUGCUAGAAAGGCAUCACAAUACAUCGUGUGAUAUUGUGGAAAUUGGAUCGGGAAGAACAGGUGUGAAGAAAGUGCGCAAGAAAUGGAGCUGUUGAUGGGGAGGAGGAGUGCUCGUUUCGGCGCUGUGUUUGCAGUGAGCUCACUGUUGUUGUUCUUCCAUGUGGGCUCUUCUUUUGGUCAAGAUGUCGGUGCGCUGGCUUCAUCGGGCCUUCCUUUCAUUGUCUUGCAUGGGAUAGGUGAUGCCUGCAGAAACGAGGGACUGUCGAUGUUCACACAGUUGCUUAUGGAUAUGACCGGCCUACCUGGUUACUGCAUUGAAAUAGGCAAUGGAGUCAGCGAUUCUUUCUUUAUGCGUCUAGAUAAGCAGGCAGAUAUCGUGUGCGAACAGGUCAAAUCAAUCAAAAGCUUGCAAGAUGGUUACAAUAUGGUGGGCUUAUCUCAGGGAAAUGUCAUUGGUCGUGCUGUAAUCGAAUUUUGCGAUGACGCUCCGCCAGUCAACAAUUUUGUAUCACUCGGAGGUCCCCAUGCGGGUAUUGCAGCUGUACCUUUGUGUAAGAUCUUGGUUUUGUGCAAACUCGUGGAUGCAGUCAUUCGAAUUGGUGUAUAUUCUUCCUACGUACAGAACAAUUUCGCACCGACUGGCUAUGUCAAGAUACCUACGGAUAUGGAGGGUUACUACCAAGGUUGCCUAUUUCUUCCCAGGCUAAACAACGAAUUACCUGAGAGUCGUAAUCACACUUACAAGAAUCGGUUCAGCUCCCUCAACUAUCUUGCUCUUAUCAAGUUCGAACAAGACGCGGUGUUGUAUCCUGCGGAUACAGCUUGGUUUGGAUUCUACGCUCCGAACGAUUUCAGCAAGGUGUUGCCAGCUGAAGAGACCGACCUAUACAAAGAAGACUGGAUUGGUUUGAAAACUCUUGAUCGAGCGGGAAAAGUGGCUUACCUUGCCCUACCAGGUGGUCACCUUUCAAUAACCGAAGCAGACAUGCUAGAGAUGGUGGUUCCAUAUUUGCUGCCGGACUUUCAACCUUUUACACCUUUCUCCACAUAUCGAUGAUCAGUCGUCCUGCUGACUUGAUGGUUCUCCGUCAAAUCUGUAAAUAACUUUUUGGCUGCAACCGUAGUCAUUUUGGAGUCUAUGGUGACCUUCUGAGCAUUGAUUUCAGCGACUGCUCUAAAAGUCAAGUUUACGGGGCAUUUGCUGUCGAAGCUCAGAAGAUCUCUGGCGCUGACACAUGGCCCCCGAUUUCAACGAUGUUCUCAGUCAGAAACGGCCUUCUUAGCCAGAGCACCAAAUGUACAAUGACUUUGUUCAAAUUGUACACUAUCGUGCUAGGAUGCUAAACUGAAAAUAUUUUAACGCCAGUCGUUUGGCUGUAAAAUAUGCCAGAGAGACGAACACGACUUUUCAAACAUCUGAAAGUCGGCUCAUGGACGAGAUUCCCCACUUACCACGUCGGUGAAAUUUGUAAUGGUCUCUAUGAAACUGCUUUAUCUGCUGAAUUCUGCGCAUAAUAUACUUUUUUUGCCAUCAGGCGGUCAUC